UGAGGUUGUUGUCGAGGGUUCGCGGGGUUGCAGGGUUUUCUCGAAAUUGUUUGCCCAAAUAGUGACAAUUUGUAGUUGUGGGAGCGAAUUUCCGGAUGCAGGUAUGACAGACGAGGAUAAAUCCAGUGUGAAAGUUGAUACUGAUGGAUUAUCGGAAGAAGACUUGCGUCGACUAAACCUUAUUACUAGGAAUUUGAAGGAAGUGUUGGGAUUGGAGAAAAUUACAAAACAGUUAGCUUCGAAAAAAAAAAUUCAUGUCUAUUGGGGCACGGCGACUACAGGAAAGCCGCAUGUAGGGUAUUUUGUACCGAUAAGAAAAAUUGCUGACUUCUUAUCCGCGAACCUAAGGGUGACAAUACUCUUUGCUGAUUUGCAUGCUUUUCUGGAUAAUUUAAAAAGCACUUGGGAACUCCUGGAUAAUCGAGUAUUAUAUUAUGAAAAAGUGAUCAAAGCACUGCUUACGGCACUCCAUGUACCGUUGGACCAGCUACACUUUGUUAGAGGAACAUCCUAUCAGUUGUCGAGAGAAUAUACGUCUGAUUUGCUUCGAUUGUGUAAUAUUGUAACAAGGAGAGACGCUUUACGUGCCGGUGCUGAAGUAGUAAAGCAAGUAGCAUCACCCUUACUGAGCGGUUUACUUUAUCCGUUGUUACAAGCCUUGGAUGAACAGUACUUGAAAGUUGAUGGUCAGUUUGGUGGAAUAGAUCAAAGGAAAAUUUUUAUUCUGGCCGAGGAACAACUUCCAAAACUAAAACUAGGUAAAAGGUUUCAUCUUAUGAAUCCUAUGGUACCUGGAUUGCAAGGAUCGAAGAUGAGCAGUUCAGAAGAAAAUUCGAAAAUUGAUUUGUUGGAUAAAGCAGAUGUUGUGCGAAGAAAGAUCGAUGGGGCUGUCUGCAGCCGUGAUUCGGAUGAAAACGGAGUGCUAGCAUUUUGUGAGCACGUUUUAUUUCCAAUUAUUUCACCAAAAUCAGUCAGUUUUGAUGGAAAGGACUAUGAUAACUACAAGGAUUUAUUUGAAGGAUAUAAUACAGGAGGGAUUUCUGAAACUGGCUUGAAAGAGACUGUUAAGGAGUUCAUUUGUAAAGUAUUGGAGGAAGUACAGAAGAACUGUAUGAACGAAGAAAUGCUGUUAUUAUUGGAAAAAGGAUAUUCCAAAAAUAUAUUUGAUAACAGUUUACCACAUUUUGCUAGUCCUGCAAUUGAUGGCAUCACUCUGAAUGAUGAAGAAGAGCAGAAAUUCCGAGAAAUCAUUCAUGAUGCCGAGUUAGUCAGUGGUGAAAUGUGGCUUAAGAAACGAAUCAAAGAGAAUAGUUUAUUACAUGUUGUUUAUACGAUAGCGCCAAAAGGUCGCUUUCACCUGGGUUUUGUUAUUCCGCUUUUCAAAUUGAAGAAACUGCAAUUGCUGGGAAAUAUUUCGUUAACAAUAGUUUUGGCUGAUAUCGAUGCCUUUUUGGAUAAUGAGAAGUGCCCAUGGAAUGUUCGAGAAGCGCGUUGUAAUUAUUAUACUGUGAUUUUGCAGCAGAUCUUUAGUCUGCUUGACUUGAAAGAUGUCAAAAUUGUUUGGGGGUCGAACUAUCAAUUGGAACCGGAGUAUACUUUGGAAGUGUAUCAGAUGGCUUCAAAAGUAACACGAGAUGAAGCAUCCAUUCUGGACGGAGUGACACUGGGCUCAUUGUUACCACCUUUGUAUUUUACCAUUGACCAUUACCGUAUGGAUGUUGAUAUUGUCGUUAUGGGUGAGGAAAUGCGUCCUUUUUCGAAGUUCUCUGAGCAGAUGAUUCAGCGACGCGGACAACAACCCCGCGCACAUUUGUUAGUCCCAGUUUUACCAUCUAUGUCGGGCAGUAAAAUGUCUGCAUCAGAUCCUGAAUUCCAUCUGGAUCCUCUGGAUACAUCGAAACAAGUUAAGCAGAAAAUUGCACGUUCAUUUUGCGAACCCGGUAAUUUGAAAGGCAAUAUCGCUUUUGAACUUGCAAAACGUUUUGUAUUCUCAUAUUUUGGAUCAAAGUUGGUAAUCGAACGUUCGGAAGAAAACGGUGGAAAUAUAGCAAUUAAUGGUUGUAAUGAACUGGAAAGAAUAAUUGUGGAUGGAACUUUGCAUCCUGCAGAUUUAAAGGCAGUAAUUGUAUCUAAAAUCAAUCAGUUCUGCGACCCCAUUCGGACGUGUUUUAUCACUAAAGCAAAGUUAGUAUCUGCAGCAUUCCCCAAUAAAAAAGGUAAAAAGUAGUUUUGCGGAUAAUUUAAGCGGUGC